AUGAGUGGAGGUCGUUUUGAAUUUGAUGAUGGCGGAGCUUAUUGUGGUGGUUGGGAAGGUGGCAAAGCCCAUGGGCAUGGGAUCUGCACCGGACCUAAAGGACAGGGCGAGUUCUCCGGCUCCUGGAAUUACGGGUUUGAAGUAGUUGGAGUGUACACCUGGCCAAGCGGAAAUACCUAUGAAGGUUUCUGGUCGCAAGGGAAGCGCCACGGUCUAGGAGUUGAGAAUAAGGGACAGUGGGUUUACAAGGGAGAAUGGACUCAUGGCUUCAAGGGGAGAUAUGGCUUGCGUCUGAGUGUGGGUAGUGGAGCAAAAUAUGAAGGAACAUGGAAUAACGGAUUACAAGAUGGAUAUGGCACAGAGACAUAUGCUGAUGGAGGUAUGUGA